AUGGCUUCCUCAGCAGCCACAACUUCAUCUGCGCUGAAUGGUUCAGUUUCAGUCGCUGCAACCAGAUUAGCAGCAUCUCAUCAAAAACGAUCUAACGGGACAUUUCGCGUUGUGUCUGAUGAAUGCGCGCAAUUCUCAUUAGAUGAGGAUUUCGACGAUGAAGAAAAUGGAAUGGUGUCAGUAUUUCCGAAUGCUUAUAAGCCUGAAGCUGAUCAACCGCUUAUCUGCAAUCAGCUUGAUAGUGAUAACGAUGAUGAGUAUAAUAAUGACAGCGUUAAUGCAAACGCAAAAAUCGAUAUCUCACGAACACCUUCAAGGGGUAACUCCACUAAAGAGUUUUCAAGAUUAACAGAUGAAGUUGAAGUAGAUGGUGAUUCGGCAUCUGAUGAACUUGACCUUCUACCGCCUCUGCCAACCGCUGGUACUUCAAUUAAAUUACCGAAAUGGAAAGCGCUCGACUGGAUUUGUUGUAAAUCUCGUGUUCCAGUGAAAUGUGUUAUUAUGUGA